AUGACUGUUUGCACUGGUUGGUCAGAGCUGUCGUCCCAUCACAUUGCCUUUACUAUUCUUAUUAUUCUCCGAGACACACAUCCAAGCUUUUUCACUUCUUUCUUCUUUCUCUUCUUUCUUCUUUCUCUUCUUUCUUGUUUUGUCUUUAAACGCGUUGUUAGUCGUCACACGCAUGGUAGUCAAGUCCUCCACUUUCGCAUCUCGUUCUUCACUCUCUUUUACACUCAACCCCACAUCAUCCGAAUUUACCACACUACAGUACACGCUUUCUACACAGACUUUCUCUCUCUCUCGCUCUCUCUCUCUGUUUCUGUAUAUGCAUUUCUUUUUUUCACCGCUCCCUUUUUCCUUCUUUCUUCUGUUCUUACUCUCAUUCUUUCUCUUUUUCUCUCUUUUUUCUCUCUCUGCCUUUUUCUCUUUCUCUGUUUUCUUUCUUCCUUUUUUCUGUCUAUAUCUCUUUUCUUUCUCUCUCUUUUCUUUCUUUCUUUCUCUUUCUUUACCUCACUCUUUCUGCCCCUCCCUCAUAUUUAUUCAUUAUUUCUUUUUGCUUCACCUAUCUCCUGUUCGUGUUACUACACAUUAAUUCGCUGUCUCUUUUCUUAUCUUAAAACGCACACAUUACUUCAUCUUUUUUUAAAAUUAGAAUUAGACUGUUUAUUAUCAAAUUAUGAAUUUAUUUGUUCUCAAAGUUGA